CGAAAAAAUUAAAUGACAUAGUAGAAUUUUCGUAGGCAGUUUUCAUAUUCAGUUCUUAUUAAAAAAUUAUAUGCGCUGAUGAAAAAUAAGAAGAUAUUAGUUACAGGUGCCGGGCAAGGAAUCGGUAACGCCUUAUGCAAACAACUUGCUAAUGCCGGGGCGUGUGUUAUCGGUGUAGGACGUAACCAUUUAGAGCAGUUAAAGGCAGAUUGUCCUUCCAUUGAAACUAUAAAAGUUGAUCUAAGCGAUUGGCAAAAAACCCGUGACGCCUUGGCUUCGGUUGUUCAAUUGGAUGGUCUAGUCAAUAAUGCGGGCGUGGCUUAUAUUAAACCUUUUUUGGAAUUAACAGAAGAAGAUUUUGAUAACACUUUUGAUGUAAACAUUAAAGCUGCAUUUAAUGUAACUCAGAUCCUAUUACCCCAACUAAAAGAUGGUGGCAGCAUAGUGAUGGUUUCUUCAUUGGCAGCAUCACGUUCUUUUCAUGGUCAUGCCGUGUACAGCGCUACUAAAGCAGCUUUGGAUUCUUUAACGCGAUCGUUAGCUUUAGAAUUGGGACCGCGCAAAAUUCGUGUGAAUUCGGUCAAUCCCACAGUUGUAUUAACAAAAAUGGGUCGUCAAAACUGGAGCGAUCCGACAAAAGCAGAACCCCUCCUUGGUCAUAUACCACUGAAACGCUUUUGUGAAGUUGACGAAGUGGUUGCUACUAUCAUCUAUUUACUUGGCAGCCAAUCAAGUUUUGUAAACGGUCAUCAUUUAAAUUUGGAAGGCGGCUAUUCGGUAUCGUAACGACCAUAUAAGAUUAUGUUUGACUAAAUUGUUUCUUUUUACCUUUUUUUUUUUUUUAAUUAAACAAAAUUUUGAAUAUUGAAAUUUGAAUACAUUUCGCACAUAUGUUAAACAUUAGCAUAAUCUGUAAUGUAUAGAUAAUUGAAGCAAUGUUAAACCUAAACCUAAAAAGGGACUAUGAUUGGAUUGAUUGACACGAGUUUGUCAUAAACGCUUGAUUAAAAGAGACUGUUAUAUUAUACUACUAUCGCGUAUUCCCAAUUAUAUAUACAUUUAUAUA